UGCUGCAGGCUCUGAGUCAAGCACCCUCGCUCACUGAGGGCUCCCAGGAGGAGGCAGCCCUCCCCCUCCCCGAAGGCCUCCCCCCACCCCAUCCCCAGCAUGGACAGCGCAGACCCGGACAUCGCCACCAAGGACCCUCGGGACCACUAUGAGCUGCUGCAGAGGGUGGGGGGCGGCACCUACGGGGAGGUAUUCAAGGCUCGAGACAAGGUGACAGGGGAACUAGCAGCUCUGAAAAUGGUGAAGAUAGAACCAGAUGAUGACCUAACCAUUCUCCAUCGGGAAAUCCUCAUUGUUCGGACUUGUCGACACCCCAACAUUGUGGCCUACCAUGGCAGCUACCUCUGGCUUCAGAAGUUAUGGAUCUGUAUGGAAUUCUGUGGCGCUGGCUCACUCCAAGACAUAUACCACAUGACUGGCCCUCUCUCUGAGCUUCAGAUUGGCUACAUCUGCAGAGAGGUACUCCAGGGUCUGGCCUACCUGCACAACCAGGGCAAGAUUCACAGAGACAUCAAGGGAGCAAAUAUUCUCAUCAAUGACAACGGAGAGGUUAAGCUUGCUGACUUUGGCAUCUCAGCCCAAAUAGGGGCCACCCUGGCUCGACGUCUCUCCUUCAUUGGGACACCUUAUUGGAUGGCCCCUGAAGUGGCCGCUGUGGAGUUCAAGGGAGGGUACACAGAACUUUGUGAUAUCUGGUCUGUGGGGAUCACAGCGAUUGAAAUGGCUGAGCUACAGCCUCCGAUGUUUGAUGUGCACCCUCUUAGAGUGCUUUUCCUCAUGACCAAGAGUGGAUACCAGCCCCCCAGACUGAAGGAGAAGGCACGAUGGUCAGCCGCCUUCCACAACUUCGUCAAAGUCACCCUCACCAAGAACCCUAAGAAACGACCCAGUGCUGCCAAGAUGCUCAAUCACCAGUUGGUGUCCCAACCGGGAUUGUCACGGAGCCUGACUCUGGAAUUGUUGGAGAAACUGAGGAAUCCAGGAAAGACCCCUUUGGGGGCUGAGAGUGAGGAGGAAGAACCUGAGCAGCCUCCUGCCAUUCCUCGGAGGAUCCAUUCCACUCACCGAGCUGGCUCAUUGGGCAUCUCCAGCCUGGACUCUGGUCGCCAGCACAUGAAGUUCAGACCACUGUGUUCAAAGAAGCUUGGAUCUCAAACUGACAAGGCUUCUGGCCAGGCCCCUGACCUUAGGAGCUGGGAGAGCAUCCCCAGGAACACCAGGGAACAGUCUGAUGACUCAGAAAAUGAUUAUGAUGACGUGGACAUCCCAGCCCCUGCAGUGGACGUUCCUCCCCCGCUACCCCCCAAGUCCAAAAUCCGGACCCCAUCAGAUGAGGGUUCUGGGGAUGAUGGGCGGCUGAGCCCUGGGGUCUUGGUUCGAUGCUCCAGUGGACCUCCCCCCCGUAUACCCCGUCCAGGGCCUCCUCUGGCCCCCCGAAGUCCACACCUCUCUGCACGAUCAGACCCUUCCCUCUGGAGUCCAGCCCCCUCAGCGUCCAACCAGCCCCCCAUUUUGCCCCCCAAGAAAGAGAAAAGGAAAAAGGACUGUGCUCUCCUGGUGAAAGUAUUCAAUGGCUGUCCCCUCCACACCAGCAGUACUGCUGCCUGGACACACCCCACGACCAAGGACCACCACUUGCUCUUGGGGGCUGAGGAGGGGAUCUUCAUCUUGAACCGAAGUGACCAGGAGGCCAUGCUGGAGAUGCUUUUCCCCAGCCGGACAACCUGGGUUUACUGUAUCAACAAUGUCCUAAUGUCCCUGUCAGGAAAGACUCCCCAGUUGUACUCACAUAGCCUCUUGGGACUGCUGGAUCGCAAGGAGUCAAGAACAGGGGGGCCCAUUGCCCACAUCACUCCCCACCGGCUGCUGCCCAGGAAGAAUGUGGUAUCCACCAAAAUCCAGGACACUCGGGGUUGCCGUGCCUGCUGUGUGGCGGAGAGCCCCAGUUCUGGCGGCCCGUAUCUGUGCGCUGCGAUGGAGGCUGCCGCGAUCCUGCUCCAGUGGUAUCCGCCCAUGGAGAAGUUCAUGCUCAUCAGGCAGGUACCCUUCCCGCUGCCGUCCCCACUGCGAGUGUUUUCGUUGCUGGUGGCGCCUGGUCCUGAGCUCCCAGCGGUGUGCGUGGGCGUGAGCCCUGGACCUGAGGGCUCCGUGUGCUUCCAUAACGUCCGACUUGGCCCCCUCUCCAGCUGGUUUGGGACCACAGGAGGCACACAGAAUGAAGGUCCAGUGCAGGUGACCCAGCUGGCAGACGACUUGGUCCUAGUGCUGCUAAACGGGAGCCUGAAGCUGGUGACUAGGGAGGGGACCCCAGUACGGGGGCUGAGGGCCCCAGAGCUCCCCCUCAGUGAGUCAGUGGAAGCUGUAGCACUGGUUGGUGGCCGGAUCCAGGUAUUCUGGAAACAUGGUGUACAGGUGUGGGCUCUGGGCUCCGACCAGCUUCUGCAGGAACUAAGAGACCCUUCUCUUACCUUUCGCCUGCUGGGGUCUCCAAGGCCUGUGGUGGUGGAGACGCGCCCUGCCAAUGACCCCAAUGCCCCUAGCAACCUGUACAUUCAAGAGUGAAGCCUGAAGUUGGCUGACCCAAAACUGAGAACUUUGUCACCACCCCAGACACACAAGACUGUCUCCAAUAAAUGUGAUCCUUCACCCUC